GAGAGAGGGAUGGGUGCAUUUUGCCCUCCCUCGCUCCACAGCACUCCCCUCCCCUUAGGCAGUGGUUUAGCCCGCUGCGUUCACAGCCUCUGUUGUUGUGCAGAGCUGCAGAAGGGCCUGCCGAGCCAACCACUGCGCUGAGAGAGAGAGAAAGAGAGAAAGAGAGUGAGAGAGAGCGCAAGCAGCAGCAGCAGGCAGACAGCGUGAGGGAGUUCCAACCGUUCAUUUCAUCAUCAACCAGGAAACAAAUGACAGCAGCAAAGGGCAGCAGAGGACGACAACGUCAGAAGGAGGAAUAAAAAGAAGAAAGAAAUCCUCCGAGCCUGGAAAAAGAAACAGUGAAAGGAGAGACUGAGUAAAGAAAGGAAGGAAGGAAGGAGGGAGGGAGAGGGGUGAGGAGGGGCUCCUCACGUCGUCGGAGUCUCCUCGCUCACACGCAGCAAGAUUUGGCAUUCUCUGGAUCGCUUCUCUUUCUUCGUUUGCCCUCCAUCCUCUCAUUUUCUUUGAGAAAGAGGGGAGAGGAGGAGGAGGAGGAGGAGGAGGCAGCCCCCCCCACGCCUCCCGGCUGAGACGAACAGCACAGAGAGGAGGUGAAGAGGGGGAGACGCUAAGGAGAAGGAGAGACGGAUAGAGACAGAUAGAGAGAGAAAGAGAGCGUGGUUUUAUUCGUUCCUUGUUGCCUCUGUCGUUCCUUUGGGAGCGAGCGGCUGGAAGCCUCCGCUCAUGUCCGUCAACUCGGAAAAAUCCUCGUCCCCGGAAAGGCCUGAGACACAGCAGAAAGUCCCAUCCGCUCCACCUCCGCCUCCCCCUCCGCCCCCCCCACCUGAGCCAGUCGCACCCCCAGAGCCAGAGGAGGAGAUUUUGGGCUCUGACGAUGAGGAGCAGGAGGACCCAGCAGACUACUGCAAAGGAGGGUACCACCCAGUAAAGAUAGGGGACUUGUUUAAUGGGAGAUACCAUGUGAUUCGAAAGCUAGGCUGGGGCCACUUCUCUACCGUCUGGCUAUGCUGGGAUAUUCAAGGGAAGCGCUUUGUGGCGAUGAAGGUGGUGAAGAGUGCUCAGCAUUAUACAGAAACGGCACUGGACGAGAUCAAAUUACUCCGAUGUGUACGUGAGAGUGACCCCAGUGAUCCUAAUAAAGACAUGGUGGUUCAGCUCAUCGAUGACUUCAAGAUCUCUGGGAUCAACGGGAUCCAUGUGUGUAUGGUGUUUGAGGUCCUCGGCCACCAUCUGUUGAAGUGGAUAAUCAAGUCUAACUAUCAGGGCCUGCCUUUACCUUGUGUGAAGAGCAUCAUUAGACAGGUCUUACAGGGUCUGGACUACCUCCACACUAAGUGCAAGAUCAUUCACACAGACAUCAAGCCGGAGAACAUCCUGAUGUGUGUGGAUGAUGCCUUCGUCAGGCGCAUGGCAGUGGAGGCGACAGAGUGGCAGAAAGCAGGAGCGCCCCCUCCCUCAGGAUCUGCAGUCAGCACAGCUCCCCAGCUCAAACCAGUGGGGAAGAUCUCCAAGAACAAGAAGAAGAAGCUGAAGAAGAAGCAGAAGCGACAGGCAGAGCUGCUGGAGAGGCGCAUCCUGGAGAUUGAGGCACUGGAGAGAGAGGCAGAGAAACAGAAGGCCAACGAAGGGAUAAACCCCCCACCAGGGCCUACACUUGCUCUCGGAGAUAGUGAAGAUGAGGACGAUGAAGAUGAGGAGGCAGAGGAAGAGGAGGAGGGAGAUGGAGAGAGGGAGCGACCUGUCAGACUGACCAACCACACAUGUGCAGCUCCUCCAGACCAACAGCAGCAGGAGGAAGAUGAGGACUGUGAGGUGCCUCCCAACGCACAUGUUCCUGACAAUGAAGUCCCCUCAUUUGAGAGAGACACAAACACACCUUCACACGAGCAGGUCAGCAACGCUGCUAAUGAGGAGGAGGAGGAGCCAGAGGAAACAGAAGAAGAGGAGGAAGAGGAGGAGAAAGCAGCAGAGGAGCAGGAGUCUAGAGCAGAGCAGGCAGAAGAAGAAGGAGCAGAGGAAGGCUGUGCCAAAGCUUCUCCUUCUGAUGAGAAGCUGGAGCCAAAGGGGGAGAAGUGCACCAAUGAGGAGCAGCCUGAGCUACCCAAAGAAGAAGAGGGAAGAAGGGGAGAAGAAGGUGACGACGAAGAAGAAGAUGAAGAUGACGACGAAGAUGACGAAGACGACGAUGAAGCAGAGGAUGAAGGACAAGAGCUCAGGAACUCUACAGAGGGUUACAACGAUACCCCGAAAACUAAUGGUCACGUGAUCCUGGAUGCAAAAGACCAUGAUCAUGUAUCAAUCCCUCUGCCCCCAGCGCCCUCUCCCUCCCCCUCACCUCUGCUCUGCCCCCUGGUGGAGUCCGAGAUCAGCACCACUGACCGGGACGCCUCUGACGCUUCCUAUGAGCUGUUUAAUGGUGAGAUGGUUGGUCUCACUAAUGGGGCGAGACACCGAGGCACUGCUCCACGCUUUCCCGAGCUGCCCCUGGACCCUGAACCAGGAGAGUGUGGGCCAGACGAAGGAGAGCCCCCACUGAGCCCAAACGCUGACCGCAGCCGCACAGUCUCAUCGUCCAGCACUGGGGAUACACCUAAAGCUAAGGCACGAGCUGCUGAUCUUCUGGUGAAUCCUCUGGACCCUCGCAAUGCAGAAACACUCAGAGUGAAGAUAGCGGACCUGGGCAAUGCCUGCUGGGUGCACAAGCACUUUACAGAAGACAUUCAGACCCGGCAGUACCGCUCCAUUGAGGUUCUGAUCGGUGCAGGUUACAGCACUCCUGCAGACAUCUGGAGCACUGCAUGUAUGGCGUUUGAGCUGGCCACAGGAGACUACUUGUUUGAGCCCCACUCAGGAGAGGACUACUCACGCGAUGAAGAUCACAUAGCUCACAUCAUAGAGCUCUUGGGCUGUAUUCCACGACACUUUGCUCUCUCUGGAAAAUAUUCCCGGGAGUUCUUCAACCGGAGAGGUGAGUUGCGGCACAUCACUAAGCUGAAGCCGUGGUCCCUGUUUGACGUAUUGGUAGAGAAGUAUGGCUGGUCGCCUGAGGACGCAGGCCACUUCACGCACUUCCUGCUGCCCAUGCUAGAGAUGGUUCCAGAAAAACGCGCCUCGGCGAGAGACUGCCUGAACCACCCCUGGCUCAACUCGUAGCAUCUUCCCCUCAGACACUCAUUCCCACCCCCUAGUGGCAGCCUCCAGGACUGCACCCUGUUCUCAGUCUGGGGGGGAAAGAAAGAGAGGUGAAAGAGAGAGGGGGGCGGGAAUGAAGCUUAAAGGAGGGACGUACGUGGGCUACUAUAUGACUGUUGGUCUUUAGUUCAGGUUGAAAUCUGCAUUCAUUAUAUACGGUCAGUCUAUCAGGCACAAACACAUACACGCUUAGCUGGUGCUGACCAAUAACUAGGAUAGUCUUUUUCUUCCCCACCCUUAUUCAUAUCAGUAUCACUUGUAUGAAUAGGGUGAUGCAUUGUAUCACAACAGAACAGCAAGAGAAGCAUAUACUGGUUAAUCACACUAAGGCAUAAUCUUACGGAGUACCUGAAGAUGUUUACGUGCUUCAGCCAUAUUUGUGUCUUAAAUCUCUAGCUAAGAGUUGCGGGUACGUUCUGAAAGGCAUGCACCCGUGCCUUGUGCAAAGUCUUCUUGAAUGUUCUUGAACAGUUGAAAUAGUUAGUGAACUCCCCUCAUUAUUUUUUACCAGCCUCAAUGUUCCAAUAGUUAAACUCCAGCUGCCUCCAAAAACUUCAAGGAAUCUCAAGUAUUGGCAUCACUGCCUUGUAUUGACAGGGUGCACUGUGAGCUGGGGGGGAUCAGAUUAUGUUGUAUGUUCUAAAAUCCUGACAUGCAUGUCAGUGUUACUGCUAUUACUGUUUCUCAUGUCUAACAGGAAGCCCACCUGAGUCCCUCUCUGCUCUAUCCCUCUCCUCUCUCUCUUCUCCUCUCCCCCCCUCCCCCACCACAGAGACAGAGCCCCCUGAGCCAAGGUUCUGCCACAGAACUGUUUACAACCCUCCCUCGCCCCUCAGAAUCCACCCCAAGAAAACCUCACAGCUUACACUCACCCAGGGCUGCAUGCCACUCUCCAGGCCCCUGCAGACAUAAAGGAGACUCCAAGACAGCAGGGGGAGCCAGACCUGCUGCCUCUGGAUUAAAACAGAAAUGAAAGAGAGUGCAUAGAAUGAACAAAAAAGGAAUGCAAGAGACUUCUACAGACUGCUCAUUGUUCUUGAUUACUCAGUGGUGAGCUAAUGAAAACAUGGAGAGACCGAUGGCGAAAAAGGACAAGCAAAACGAUGUGCAUUUCACUCAUCUGUUGAGAUUCCUCUACUUUGUUUCUGUCAGUCCGCUCAUUUUUAAACAGGGUGAAGCCAGAGUCCUUGACAGCGAGGGCCUCUGGUUAGAGCCACCUGCUGUUGUUGACGCUCUAAGCAUUCCUGACCCUGCUGCCACAUUUAUGCUUCCUACUGUUGUACAAUGAGAACAAUUCUUUUUAUUUUCGUCAGCAAGCACCUUCAUGUUUCUGGCAAGGCGAACCCAAACCUGUCCUGGUUCUACCUGAACCCCUUUCGUUCCUGAACGUCUCCAACUGAGGAUGUGUAAAAACUGAGGUUGCACUUGUGUUUGUACGUUUCGUUCAAGGAUAACUACCAAUGUACAGAGCUCCACCGGUCCAGCUACAAACUGACAUCUGCUCCACCGCAAAGACUAAAAUGCAGCUUAGUUGAAGGAUGGAGCCUCGCUGCCAUGGAGACAGUUACAGUGACACACCUGUUACUGUGGGUGGCUGUUGGAAUGUGAGACUGACUGUCGCCCCUGUGGCUGAAAGAGGGUACUGCACCCCCCCCGCACACACUGCAGCUCUCUCUCAGUGCCAACGCCACACUUCCACUGUCCAGACUCAAUCUCUCAUCAUCACAGUUAGUCCAGUCGCCUAUUUUCGCAAUAAAAACGAGUAUAAAUAGAUGGUGAAAUAUUUUUAAAAACAAUAUUUAAUUCAUUUAAAAGAAAAAAAAAGAAGAAGAAAUUCUGAUGUUGUGACAGUGACCGAAUUUCGUCUUAUUAUUGAGGUGAUUGUGUUUUGUCCGUUUAGAGAUGUUUUUAUUUCUUUUGUAAUUAUUAUAUGAUUAUAAUUAACUAUUAUUGCCAUUAGUUCUUUUUUUAUUUGGUUGUCAUCUCUUCCCUUUCUCAUUACAUUGAACAGUGCUGCUCUGUAUGGACUAGUGUGAUGGUGAUGAAAUUAAUCAAACAUUUUUGCAAUAAUAGUGAUGAAUUUUUGCACCAAAAGCUCCUGAUCUCUCACUUAGCCAUGCUGACUGUUCUUCCUGACAUUGACAGAAUAGCAUCUCUUCUUGUCUGUGUUUUUCAUCGACAGAUUUAAUAAAAUUGUAAAUUAAUGGA